AUGUCCGAUCUCGUCGCCAAGUUCGAAUCGCUUAUUAUUUCAAAGUACCCUGUUUCUUUCACCAAAGAACAAUCCGCUCAAGCUGCCCAAUGGGAAUCAGUUCUAAAAUCUGGUCAAGUCCAACCACACUUAGAUCAAUUGAAUUUGGUAUUAAGAGACAACACCUUCAUUGUCUCCACCUUGUACCCAACAUCAACCGACGUUCACGUCUUCGAAGUCGCCUUACCAUUGAUUAAGGAAUUAGUAGCAAGUUCCAAGGACGUCAAGUCAACCUAUACCCAAUACAGACACAUCAUAAGAUGGAUUGAUUAUUUGCAAAACUUGUUAGAAGUGUCCAGUGCUGACCAAUUGACCAUAAACCACGAUUUAGACUUGCCUCGUGAAGUCGUUGAGAAGAAGAAGAAGGCUCCAGCAGGCGGUGCAACCGAUGCAGCCGCCGCUGCCAAGGCCGGCGACGAUAAGAGUAAGAAGGAUAAGAAGCAAGAUCAACCAAAAGGUAAGCCAGAUGAAGAAACUUUAAAGAAAUUGAGAGAAGAGGCAAAGGCAAAGAAGGCCGCCAAGAAGGCCGCUAACGCUAAGCAGCAACAAGAACAACAAAACCAAGCCCCAGAAAAGCCAAAAGCAUCCGUCAUUGAUUUCCGUGUUGGUUUUAUUCAAAAAGCCAUCAAGCAUCCAGAUGCAGACUCAUUAUAUGUUUCUACCAUUGAUGUCGGUGAUGAAGAAGGCCCAAGAACUGUUUGUUCUGGUUUAGUCAAGCACUUUCCCUUGGAAGCGAUGCAAGAACGUUACGUCGUUGUUGUAUGCAACUUGAAGCCUGUUAACAUGAGAGGUAUCAAGUCCACGGCCAUGGUCUUGUGUGGUUCUAACGACGAUAAAGUCGAGUUUGUGGAACCACCAAAAGGUUCCAAGGCUGGUGACAAGGUAUUCUUUGAAGGAUUCGGUGAUGAAGCUCCAAUGAAACAGUUGAAUCCAAAGAAGAAAAUCUGGGAACAAUUACAACCUCAUUUCACCACCGAUAGCGGUCUGGAGGUUAUCUUUAAAGACGAAGAAGAAAAGGACCAUCCAGUAAGAAAGUUGACUAACGCCAAGGGCGAAUCAUUCAAGGUUGCCACUAUUGCUGAUGCUCAAGUCCGUUAA